GGAUUGGGAUUACUCUUGUUGGUGUUGGUUGCAUUUAUCACGGAUUACUCACUAAUUUUAAUGCUAUGAUCUCAUACAAUGUCGUUGUGGGCGACACUUUGUCCAAGGUACUGGUUCGCUUCUUUCCAUCAUGGGGUACAUCAAUGGGCGUAGUUCGGCUAGGAGUUGUGUUCUUUGUUACAGUUGGCGUCGUAGCUCCCCUAUGCCUUUAUAAAAACGUUUCCCGAUUAGCUCGGGCGAGUUUUAUAAGUUUGGCAUGCGUAGUCUUUAUUUUGUUUGCCGUCAUAGUAAAACUGUUAUCGGGGGAAUACACUGUCGCCGAUAAUCCAGAAUCUUGGAGAUUUGCGAACGCAGAUCUGAUACCUGCCACGGGUAUUAUGGUUUUUGCAUUUAUGUGCCACCACAACACAUUUUUGGUUUAUCAGUCUAUGAGGAAUGCGACACUAGAACGAUGGGAGAAAGUCACGCACGUUUCGAUCGGAUUCGCUUUGGCCGUAGCUGCCCUCUUCGGUAUUGCUGGAUACUCUACAUUUCGUGCACUAUCCCAGGGAGAUUUAUUGGAGAACUACUGCUGGAAUGAUGAUCUAAUGAAUUUUUCGCGAGUGCUUUUCUCCGUUUCAAUUUUAUUGACAUUCCCCAUAGAGUGCUUUGUUUCUCGAGAGAUUGUACGAGCUUUAAUUCAUCGCUUUGUAUUAAAAGAACCUAUCAGCGAAUUGACUUUGGACAAAGACCCCAAUCUGGAGAAGGGCGCUGACAUCGAUGAGUAUUCAAGAAACAUCACCUUGGCUAUAGUUCUCAGUGCAUUUAUCAUUUCACCACUAACAGAUUGUUUAGGAUCCGUAUUGGAAUUAAAUAUUACACUAGGAGCUGCAAUCAACCAAUUGGAUGCCAAAAAGUUCAUCGCUGAUGCCAGCUCGCGUUAUUACAAGCUAUACAAUCAAAUUGCUGAGGAAACGUAUACCUCCUUAGAUGAUGAGGAUUUCGAAACAAUUUUCUCCAAACUGACUACCGUAAAGAGAAUUGCUGCUGAACUAGUUAAAAUCUCCGAAGAGGCUGGGGAAUUUGAUUUGGAGAAUAUUUCCGACGAGGAAGUUAAAGCAGCGUUGCAAAAUCUUCGUAGGGCUGGCGGACUUUUUGUCUUAGGAGAGGAUUACUUCUCGUCGGUGCUGAUAAACUUUGCAGCUCUUAAAGAACUUUCAACAGAUAGAGAUAUUGAACCUUAUUUGGGCGGCGCUAAUAUGCCUGAUCAAGACGGUAGUCCUCUGGCCUACUAUCCUGAUAUUCAAAAGAUUUUUCAGCAAAGCAAUGAUUCAGGGGAACUGAAAUAUUAUUGGGAGUCUUGGCGAGAAAAGAAUCUGGUGUGGUCUUCUGUAAAUUUUUAUACCAUCGUUGAAGCUUUCCAAAAAUCUGCCAAGAUCUUAGAUAUCCCGGUGCUUGAGUUCUGGUUUCGCUGCUACAACAAUAAAGAAUUUUUGCAAGAGAUGGACAAAGUGAUGGAAGAAAUUAAACCAGCAUAUAAGCAGCUACACGCAUUCGUUAGAAGAGAGCUCUAUACAAAGUAUGGGGCAGAGGUUGUCAACCCUAGAGGGCCAAUUCCAGACCAUUUAUUCCAACAAGUACGUGAGCAAGCGUGGCAGGCCAGCAGUGUUAUCGAACCGUAUUUUCCAAAGAAAACCCUUCCACCCUAUGACAGCUUUGUCCAACAUUUCGACCCAAAAGAAAUAAUAGACACAGCAGGAACCUUCUAUACAUCUCUUGGUUUCAAAGAGUUGCCGAGCACGUUUUAUCAACAACAAUUGAAAGAGCAAGACGAAAGUGCUGAGAGUGGGGAUUGCAGAGCUGACAUUUUCGAUUUGACCCCACAUGUUUACAUGAAGUACUGCAAGAAAGUGGAUUUCAGAAAGUUUUUGCAGAAUCACGGAUAUUUAGGACGGGUUCAUUACGCUAAAGAAAAGGAUAAUCUACCAUCGUACUUCUUCAGCUCUUAUGAUUUGGAGUACCCAGUGGGGGAAGCUGUUAUUUUAUCAGCGUCAACUCCAAAACAUCUUCAAACUAUCGGACUUUCCAAAGAUUUUCAGUUUUCAGAUCCCGUUUUAAUGAAUCGCCUUUUCAGAAUGGGCAUUCACACUUUGCUCAACAUUCCGUUGUACUUCGUACACACAAAAGUAAUGAACGAUCUGUUUAAUGGUACAGUGGAAAUUGAAAGGAUAAACAAGCAUUAUUGGGAACUGAUGGAAAAAUAUGCCGGCGUUGAGCCACCUUCAGAUAGGUCCGAAAAUGCUAUAGAUUUCCCUUAUAGUUUUUAUAUGGAUAUGGAGCAAAACCAUCAAACCAAAAAGUUCGUGUCCGAAGUUCUGGGAUACCAAUUUUACCGUGCGUUUUGCCGAGCGAGUCAACACAGAGGUUCUUUACAUAACUGCGACUUUUACGACAAUGUCGCAAUCGGCGAAGCCCUGAAGACAAUGAUGUCUCUGGGUUCUUCAAAACCAUUGCCCGAAACUCUGUCGAAGAUGCUAGGUAACGAAAACCGACUUAGCGGUGACGCCCUACUUGAUUAUUAUGCGCCUUUGUUGGACUGGUUGAAGACAAAAAAUCGUGAAUCGAAUGUCAAAAUCGGCUGGAAUCCAAGUCAAAAAAAAAUCCUUUAACCUACAUUUGGAAGAAUCUAACCAUAUUUAAAUUUAUGUGCACCUGUAUGGAUAAGAGAUAAAAGUUAUUGCUCCUGAAAAAGACGUAAGCAGACUAUCAUGGCAAUUUGCAUGGCAGAGAAUAACAAAGAAACAAAAUAGCUUCCAUAUAAAUAAAUAAAAAUUUUGAAAUCACAUGUAGAAAGAAACAUGUUGUUCACCUACCGUACUAUGUA